UUGGGUUGUUUAAACAAAAAUAAAACAAAACAAAACAAGAAGAGCCGCUUCGAGACCCGAGGGACGGGACGCACGGCGUCAUUUCAUCGCAACAAUUGAGCGUGUGGCUCAGCCGAAACAAAAUGCGGGGAUUCAUCUCACCAGCCACAUUCGAGCUCGAGCAUGGAGACAGACAAGCCACAUCUUCGUCCUGGCUGAGCUCAUCACCACAUAUAACACAACAAUCGCGCUCCCUCCCCCAGUCAAUGGAUCACCGCCGCCCGUCAUGACGACCAGCAACCAAGAGGACCCCUCCUACAUCGACUACGAGGCCUUCCUCGACCCGGCCUUCAACCCCUCCUCCUUCGCAAAUACCCUCGUCCUCGCUACAAAUAACCCCAGCGACGUGCCCCUCGAUCUGUCCACCCCGCUAUCCCGCGUGCUCUUCGACACCCAGGAGAUCGACUCCCACAUCGACUCUCUGACCUCUAAGCAAGCCACCCCCUUGCUCACCUACACCCAGGAGCAGACCGCCUCGAGCAAGCGCAUCAUAUCCGAGCUCGACGCCCAGAUCAAAAGCCUCAACGACAGCUACAAGCAGCUCGAGAAGGAGGUCAUAGACAAGCAUGCCGAGGCCGAGGAGGUCCGCCAGGUCGCCACCCGCCUGUGGGAGACCCUGAAGCUGGGCCGCUCCGUCGGCCGCUGCCUGCAGCUGGGGAGGCAGCUCGAGGUCCAGCACGCCGAGAUCGCCGCUUCGAGCCCCAGCGCCGCCGCCGCCGCCGCCGCCAAGAAAGAGGAUCACCGCGCCCUCGUGCGCUGCUCCCACACCAUACUCUCCCUUCGCGAGAUCCUCGACAACGCCGCCCCCGGCGAGGAGGGCCACGGGCUCGCCAGGGUCGACGCCGUCCGCACCCUACGGGACACCGUCGUUGCUCCCAUCGAGCGGUCCGCGAGGGAGACGGCCGAAAAGAUUAUCCGCGAUUUUGCCAUCCCCGAAUCGGCCACCUUUGCGCAGGGCGAGGAGACCAAGGCCCGCACCGUUUCGGGCAUGGUCACGCUGUUCCUGCUGUCCCCCACGCCCACCGCCGCCGCCGCCCAGAAGACGGACCGCUGGGCGCCGCAGCUGCUGCUCGCCGCCCUCGAGGGGUACCUGCGCUCGGCGCUGCAGUCGUCCAUCGCAUCCAUGUCGCGCUCCCUCGCCCAGCUGUCGACGCUGGAGCGCACCUUCGCCGAGAUAUCGGCACGGUGCCAGAACAUUGUCGCCCUCGAGCUGGUCCUCGAGUCGACCAAGCUGCCGACCCACCCGCUCGUCGCCGCCCCGCAGAAGCAGACCAACAUGCUGCAGCCCCUGCUGGCGCACCUGGAGACGGGCAGUCUGCCGAGCUAUUUCUGGCGUACCAUGGCCGGCAGCCUGGGUUCGCGGGUGCAGGAGAUUGUCACCCGCGGCGGCGCGGUCGCCCGCUCGCUGAAGGCCAGCAAAGUGUACAUCGGCGAGGGUGUGCGUGAGUGCGUCGUCAAGGGGUGCCAGAUGCCUAGCGCCCUCAAGGGCAAGACCAGGGGAGAGGGAAACUGGGAGAGGGAGGUCGCCGUCAUGGUCGGGAGCGUUGUGAACAACAUGGGCAGAUAAGGCCGCGAACGCCGGACUUUGGGUGGACGGUCCGAACGAGCCAACCACCUUGCUGUGGAUAUGGAGCAUCUACGACUAAGACACAAACGGUAUCUGCCUUUGCCGGAACACAGACGUUUCAAUUGACGACUCCCAUAUUGUUUCAUUAUUUCUUUCGAUUACUUUCGGCUCCCACCG